CCUCCCUAAUUGAAAUUCAAACUUCCAAGUUCCAAUCCCCCAUGAAGCACUAGAAAAGGCGGUUUCUUUAGCCUUCCCCAGUUGCUGACACAUUUCAAAAUACUUCACUUUAAGAAUUCCGAUUGAUAAUAAAAUACUGACACCCAUCACGUGGUUUUGCUUCUGCCCUCCCUCUCUCUUACAUGUUCCUUGAAUUUCUCUCAAAGCACGCGCCGUUUCUCUCUCCCCAUCCUUUUUGAUCUUCACUCUUCAUUGUUCUGUUGUAGUGUUCCCUCCUCCAUUGUUUGUUUUCUUUCUAUAUCACUUUCGGUUCCUGCUUUUGCAGAUCUGCAACUGCAGGGCAAGGAGAUGGGUGUUAUUUCAAGGAAGAUCUUCCCGGCUUGUGGGAGCAUGUGUGUAUGUUGCCCAGCUCUGAGAUCAAGAUCUCGACAGCCAGUCAAACGUUACAAGAAACUACUGUCUGAUAUAUUUCCCAAGUCUCCUGAUUGUCAAUCAAAUGAUAGGAAAAUUGCUAAAUUAUGUGAAUAUGCUGCAAAAAAUCCUUUCCGAAUCCCAAAGAUUGCAAAAUAUCUUGAAGAAAGAUGCUACAAAGAGCUGCGACAUGGACAUAUCAAGUUUGUCAAUAUUGUCACAGAGGCUUACAAUAAGUUGCUGUGCAUGUGUAAAGAACAGAUGGUCUAUUUUGCUGUUAGUUUGCUGAAUGUUGUUAGUGAACUGCUUGAUAACUCUAAGCAAGACUCUUUGCGGAUACUCGGAUGCCAGACCUUCACACAGUUCAUCUAUAGUCAGCGAGAUGGGACUUACACACAUAACAUAGAAAAAUUGGCUCAUAAAGUGUGCAAGUUGGCGCACAAGACCGGAGAGGAACAUGAAAGGCGUUCUUUAAGAGCCUCAAGCUUGCAGUGCCUUUCUGCCAUGGUUUGGUUCAUGGCAGAGUUCUCAUAUUUUUUUGCUGCUUUUGAUGAGAUGGUAAAUGCCACAUUAGAUAAUUAUGAGCUUGAUACACAUGCUGAUAAUGAUGAGAGAGGAGAGCCACAUCAUAAUUGGUUAGAUGAAGUGGUGAGAUGUGAGGGUAGAGGCACAAUUGUUGGUAGCAAUGCUAGCCUUAGCAACAAGAUUAUUAGACCUCGACCAGGAAAAAGGGAUCCCUCUCUUCUUACAAGAGAAGAGAUUGAGACGCCUAAAGUUUGGGCUCAGAUAUGUAUCCAGCGAAUGGUUGAGCUGGCCAAGGAGAGUAUAACAAUGCGCCAAGUGUUGGAUCCAAUGUUCACUUACUUUGAUUCUCGGCAGCGUUGGGUUCCUCAGGAAGGAUUGGCAAUAGCACUUCUGUCUGAUAUGUCCUACUUGACUGAGAGUUUAGAGAGUCAGCAACUGAUUUUAGCUGCAGUGAUACGUCAUCUGGACCAUAAAAAUGUUGCACAUGAUCCCCAACUCAAAUCAUAUAUCGUGCAAGUUGCUGCUGCUUUAACAAGGCAAAUUAGAUCAGGAGGAGUGCUUGCUGAACUCUGUUUUGUCAGUGAUCUCUGCAGGCAUUUGAGGAAAAGUUUUCAAGCCACUCUUGAAUUAGCAGGAGAGCAGGAGUUAAAUUUGAAUAUCAUGCUUCAGAAUUCCAUUGAAGAUUGCUUACUUGAAAUAGCAAAAGGGAUUGGUGAUCCACGGCCACUAUUUGAUAUGAUGGCAAUAACACUGGAGAAGCUUCCAUCUUCUGGAGUUGUUGCUCGCGCAACCAUUGGAUCAGUAAUGAUUCUUGCUCACAUGAUUUCAUCAGUAUUAGCAUUGUCUCAAUCUCAGCAGCAGGUAUUCCCCGACUCACUUCUUGUCCAAUUAAUGAAAGUGAUGUUGCAUCCAAAUGUUGAGGCUCGUGUUGGAGCACACCAGAUAUUUUCUGCUCUUCUUGUUCCACGUUCUAGUACUUCCAGGAGUGAAACACAUUUACGGUUUGGUUAUUUGCAUGAGCCAAGAACUUGGUGUUCCAACAAUGCAUCUGCAUUUGCAUCAAUAUCAGCUCUACUUCAAAAGCUUCGCAGAGAAAAGGAUGGAACCAAAAUCAGCGAGAAUGGUUGUAAUGUCCAUGAAGAUUUCAAAGGGAGGGAUAAUAUAGAAGAAGACUGGAAGCAGGCCCGCCUUAGAAAAAAUUCCCCUAAUUUUUAUGCAUUAAGUUCUAUUAUUGAAAGGAAAGCUGGAUCUAACAUGUUUGAAACAGAGCCUUACGUCAUGAAGCUUUUGGAGGACCAGAUAGUGCAGUUGUUGUCUGCCUUCUGGAUACAGGCCACUCUUCCUGAUAAUUUGCCUACAAAUAUUGAAGCCAUCUCUCACUCUUUUGUGUUAAUACUUAUUGCUUUGUGUUUGAAGAAUCUCAAUAACAACCUCAUUGUCCGGUUCUUCCAGCUUCCUUUGUCUCUGAGGAAUGUAUCCUUGGACCCUAACAAUGGUAUGUUAACUCCAGUAUGCCAGAGAUCAAUUCUUGCACUAUCAAUGGGCAUGUUGAUGUCUGCAGCUAAGAUAUAUCACAUUCCAGAGUUGAAUGACCUUAAGUCCCUGAUUCCAUGUGACGUUGAUCCUUAUCUGUGCAUCAGUGACGACUUUCAAGUAUUUGUAAGGCCAGAAGCAGAUUUGAGACAAUAUGGAUCUGCUAGUGAUAAUCAAUUGGCCUCCUCUGUUCUCUUUGAGUUACGGGAUAAAAUGUUUGAACCCAACAAUUAUAUAGCAGAUAUAUUGGUUCGAAAUUUAUCUUCCAUUACUGAGCUGGACAAAGAUGAUCUCAUGAAACAACUAUUUGAACAAUUCACACCUGAUGAUGCAUUUGUGUUUGGGCCACGAUCUAUGCUUGACUUGGACCACAAUCAAGUGACCUUCUCCAAGGAAUCACUUUCAUUUGAUGAGGAUAUUCCAGCAAUUUCAUUAGUGGAUGAUGAUGCAAGAAGUGAAGCAUCUGUUGCUGACCUCUCCCGCUUCAUUCCCAAAAUUCCUCCAUCACCUUCUAUCUCCCAUGUUCUUAGCAUAGGACAGCUCCUAGAAUCAGCACUUGAGGUUGCUGGUCAUGUUGCAGCAACAUCCGUCUCCUCAUCACCCCUUCCAUAUGAUGCCAUGGCCAGCCAAUGUGAAGCUCUCACCUCAGGCACAAGGAAGAAGCUCUCGAAUUGGUUGGCCCAGGAAAAUCAUCAAAGUAGAACUCCUGGUAGAUUUUUACCAACAGCAGUACCUGUGGAUGGAUGCGAUGCAUUUUGGGAGAUAACAAGCAAUGCCGGGCUGUCUAAAGCUGUGUUGCCCCGGGAUCCAUGCUUGGGUGUGAGGUUGCCUCCAGCUAGCCCAUUUGACAACUUCCUCAAGGCAGCUGGGUGUUGAAGGAGGGAGCAUGGUAUCCACGUAGUUUAUGAUGUAAAGGUUUUAGGUGGUAGUUGAAAUGUUCUAGUAUUUAGUUUUGGGAUUUGCUGGUGCUUUGAAUUGAGGGCCGUAGGUGCCCAACAUCGACAUACCUUAUGUUAACUACUUUUCAGACAACCGCCCAACAUGUAAUAUCUGAAUCCUAGUUGAAUUUUUAGGCAGAUUCUCCCCAGCGAAGUGCAAAAGC